UGGGGGCCAGCCCUGACUGCGAGGGGAGAGCGCCCCCUGCUGAGCCCCCCACGCCAGCCGGGGUCAGCAGUGGCUAAGCGGAUUCCUCUGCCAGCAGCCGGCAGGCAACCCCAGAGCGCAGCGUGUGCAUUUAACGUCGGCGCUGUGAUCCUGCAGUGUCCCUUCCCAGACUGGGGGUGAGGGGUGGGGGCCCCCCCCCAGAAAUGCUCGUGACGCGCAAACUUUACUUUUGAAUCCGUCUCAUGCGAGUCAACCCAGCUGCCGUGAUUUUUAAACCACUCUUGCUUUUUCACCCGGGUCACAGGGGUUUUCAGGCUAAUCUCGUGAUUGUGAAUUUUGGGGCGAUUCCCUUUCGCGGCUGACAACACGGGGGUGUGUGUGGGGGGGGAAAUGCAGGGUUAAGGCCACUGAGUUCCCAAGCCGGAGAGAGAGGCGCAGGAAGUGAUCUGAAAUGGGGACGCAAUAACCCACGGACCUUCCUGGGCCAGCCCCCAUCAGCCGGGCUCGCUUCGGAGUCACUCCCUACAACCUGUGUGCAAAGGGGCUGAAUCCCCGUCUGCAGCCCCAGGGCCCCGGAGGGAAUCGCCCUGGCCGGAGCGAUUAGCACCGGCUGUCCGGUCCGCAUGAGGAGGGGAGUGAUGGAGGGCAGGAGCCCCUGCCCUGGCUUCUUAUGCCUGGCUUCUAGGUGCCAGUGACUUUCAAGGAGGUGGUCGUAUGCUUCUUCAAGGAAGAGUGGGGUGACCUGGACGAAGGGCAGAGGCAGCUCUACGGGGCGUCUUCCAUGAGCAUUAUGAGACACUGAUUUCGCUGGGAUUCCCCAUCCUUGACCUGGCCAUGACCUCCCGGGUGGAGCGAGGGGAAGAGCCGAGGGUCCCGGAUCUCCAGGGCUCCGAGGAAGGGGAGAUCCCCAGAGGUGACCACACAGCAGGUGCCGGGACGGCGAGUGAGAACGAGGAGGAGAAUCACCAGCGGGAAGGGCCCGUGGGAGCAAAGCCACAUGGGACAUCUCAGAGCCUCAAGCGGGGAGAGGCCGUCGAGAGCCAGGGUGGUGUGGGGCUGGGACAGGGGAAGGCCCAGGCUAAAUCCGCACACCAGACACGGCACAGGCGGGUGGGCCGUGUCAUCUGUGGCGACUGCGGGAAGAGCUUUGUGAAGAACUAUGACCUCUUCAAGCACCAGCGGGUCCACACAGGAGAGAAACCUUACAGCUGCCCUGACUGCGGGAGGAGCUUCGCCUUCCACUCCACCCUCAGCAAACACCAGCACAUCCACACCGGCGCCAGGCCCUUCCAGUGCGCCGAGUGCGGGAAGAGCUUCCGGCAGAAAGGCCACCUGACCCGCCAUGGCCGUGUCCACGCCGGGUUAAAGCCCUACGUCUGCGCUCACUGCGGGGCGGCCUACAGCACCCGCACCAACCUGCUGCGGCACCAGAGCGGCCACACGGGGGGGCUGCCCUACAAGUGCACGGAGUGCGGCCGGCGCUUCGGGGAGAUCGCCGCCCUGGUGGCGCAUCUGGUGGCGCACACCGGGGAGCGGGCCCACAAGUGCCCCGAGUGCGGGAAGAGCUUCCGGCGCGGCUCGUCGCUGACGGAGCACCGGCGGGUGCACACCGGGGAGAAGCCCCACGUCUGCCCCCAGUGCGGGGAGAGCUUCAUGCGCCGUGCCACCUUCAACGACCACGUGCGGGGCCACUCAGGGGAGCGGCCCAACGUCUGCGACGUCUGCGGGAAGAGCUUCACCAAGCGGCACUCGCUGCUGCAGCACCAGCGGUCCCACACCGGGGAGAAGCCUCACCAGUGCCCCGACUGCCCCAAGAGCUUCAUUGCUAGCUCCGCUCUGGUGCAGCACCGCCGGAUCCACACCGGCGAGACGCCCUAUCGCUGCGAGGAGUGUGGGCGCAGCUUCAGCCAGCGCUCGGUGCUGACCACGCACCGGCGGCUGCACACCGGCGAGCGGCCCUACAAGUGUGGCCAGUGCGGCAAAGGCUUCAGCCAGAGCUCGGCGCUGACCCAGCACCGCCGCACCCACACGGGGGAGUCGCCCUAUGGCUGCGCCCAGUGCGGGCGGCACUUCAGCGGUAUGUCGGCCCUCAAGCGGCACCACCGGACCCACACCGGCGAACGGCCCUUCCGCUGCAGCCAGUGUGGGAAGGGCUUCAAGCAGAGCUCCACGCUGGUCCAGCACACCAGGAUCCAUACGCAGGAGAAGCCCUUCUCCUGCACCCAUUGCGGCAAGAGCUUCAGCCAGCGGUCGGCUCUCGCCAAGCACCAGCGGACUCAUGCCAAGGAGAGCGGCGGCUCCCACGAGGCCGUGGGGACGAGGUUCUACAAGGACCCCUUCAUUCAGCCGGGGGAGGGUGGCAGCGAGCCCGAGGAGGUGGUGGUGGUGCUCCCGCCGGGGACGUGGGAUUGUGAGGUGACCCCACGGGUGAAGGAGGAGCCGGGGACACCCCUGCAGGUGAAGGAGGAACCGGAGCCGCCUCAGCAUAUUCAAGAUGGGCCCUAUCAGGUUAAACAGGAGCAGCCGGAACUGCCACGGGAAAUUAAAGAGGAGCCGGCACCCUCCCUGCAGAUUAAAGAGGAGCCUGAGGUCCUGGCCACCGGCCACAGGCUGCUGGCCACCAGCCCCGCAUGCGAGGCUCUGCUCGAGUCCUGGUUGCAGUUCAAUGAAGCUGGGCAGGAAGUGGUCUCAGACAAGAUGGAUUCCCCGAGCCUCCAGCUGUUGCAACUGAAGUGUGUAUCCCAGGAGGAACUUUCAGGAUCCUGGAGUGUGCCGUCCCAGGAGCCCCGAGAGCGACGGGAAAGGGAUCAGCUUCUGCCCCAGAUAUCUGACGAGGAGAGCGAUGAUGAGCAGGAGUCCGUGUCAUCAACCCCCAUGGUCGGCUUCCAGGUGCCAGUGUCAUUCGAGGAGGUGGCCGUGUUUUUCUCCCAGGAAGAGUGGGGGCUCCUGGACGAAGGCCAGAGGCAGCUCUACAGGGACGUCAUGCAGGAGAAUUACCAGGCUCUGAUCUCGCUGGCAGGAGUCCCCAUCCCCGACCCGGCUGCGAUCUCCUGGAUGGAGCGAGGGGAAGAGCCGAGGGUGCCGGAUCUCCCGGGCUCCCAGGAAAGGGAGAUCAUGAGAGACGCCGGCACAGCAGGUGCCAGGAGGGAAAACCCCCAGCAGGAAGGGUCUGCAGGGGUGGAGCUGCACAGGAAGUCCCAGAGCCCAGAGUGGGGAGAGGCAUCCGGUGGCAUGGGAUGGCAGAAGGGGAAGCUGUCUCAGCAGGAAAGACCCAAGGCCAGUGGUCACCCGCGGCCAAGAGAGGGGCCCAUCAUCUGCGGGGAUUGUGGGAAAAGCUUUGGGAAGAGCUCGGAGUUCAUCAAACACCAGCGCACCCACACGGGCGAGAGGCCCUACCAGUGCCCUGACUGUGGGAGGAGCUUUGCCAUCCGCUCCAACCUCCUCCGCCACCAGCGCAUCCACACCGGUGCCAGGCCUUACCCAUGUGCCGAGUGCGGGAAGAGCUUCCGCCACAAGGAGCACCUGACCCGCCACGGGCACGUCCACGCCGGGUUAAAGCCCUACGUCUGCGCUCACUGCGGGGCGGCCUACAGCACCCGCACCAACCUGCUGCGGCACCAGAGCGGCCACACGGGGGGGCUGCCCUACAAGUGCACGGAGUGCGGCCGGCGCUUCGGGGAGAUCGCCGCCCUGGUGGCGCAUCUGGUGGCGCACACCGGGGAGCGGGCCCACAAGUGCCCCGAGUGCGGGAAGAGCUUCCGGCGCGGCUCGUCGCUGACGGAGCACCGGCGGGUGCACACCGGGGAGAAGCCCCACAUCUGCCCCCAGUGCGGAAAGGGGUUCAUGCGGCGCUCCAUCCUCAAUGGGCACCGGCGCACCCACACCGGCGAGCGGCCCAACGCCUGCGGGGAGUGUGGCAAAGGGUUCACCCAGCGCUCAUCCCUGCUGCAACAUCAGCGCACCCACCGGGGCGAAAGACCCUACCCCUGUCCCCAGUGUGGGAAGAGCUUCAGCCAGAGAUCGGCGCUGACCACCCACCGGCGGCUGCACACCGGGGAGCGGCCCUUCCGCUGCGCCCAGUGCGGGAAGAGCUUCAGCCAGAGCUCGGCGCUGAUCCAGCACCAGCGGACCCACACCGGCGAGACCCCCCACUGCUGUGGGGACUGUGGGAAGGGCUUUGGGGACCGCUCGGCCCUUAAGAGGCACCAGCGCACCCACACGGGCGAGCGGCCCUACCGCUGCACCCAGUGCAGCAAGAGCUUCAAGCAGAGCUCGGCGUUGACACAGCACGUUCGGAUCCACACUGGGGAGCGGCCCUAUGUCUGCCCCCACUGUGGGAGGGGAUUCUCUCAGGGCUCGGCUCUGGCCCAGCACCAGAGGACUCAUGCCAAGGAGAGGGGCCUGUCAGACGUGCCCACUGCCAGCCGCCUGUACAGGGAUCCCUUCAUCCGGCCAGGGGAUGUGGAGGAGGGGCAGCAGGGCUGCCCCUGGGGACACAGUGCACCCAGCCAGGCUGAAAGAGAAGCCGCAGUGAUAGAAUCAUAGAAAUGUAGGACUCGAAGAGACCUCAAGAGGUCAUCAAUUUCAGCCCCCUGUGCUGAGACAGGGCCAAGUAACCUUAUCCCUGGCAGGUGUUUGUCCCUCCUUUUUCUUAAAAACCUCCAAUGACGGGGGUUCCACAAUCUCUCUCGGGAGCCUAUUGCAGAGGUUAACUACCCUUAAAAUUAGAAAGUUUUCCCUAAUAUCUAACCUAAAUCUCCCUUGCUGCGGAUAAAGGCCGUUGCUUUGUGUCCUUCCUUCAGUGGACAGGGAGAACAAUUGAUCUUCAUCCUCUUGAUAACAACCCUUGACAUAUUUAACGGCUGUUCUCAGGUCCCCCCACAGCCUUCUUUGCUCUAGACUAAACGUGCCCAGCUUUUUAAGAGUUCUGCUAGGUCAGGUUUCCUAAACCUUAUAUCAUUUUUGUUGCUGUUCUCUGGACUCUAUAAUUUAUUCAUAUCUUUCUGUGGUGCCCAGGAUUUGACACAGUUCUCCAGCUAAGGCCUCACCAGCGCCGAAUAGACCAGGACAAUUACCUCCUGUGUCUUACGUAAGACACUCCUGUUAAUCCACCCCAGAAUGAUACUAACCAUUUUUGGUCAUCUUUAUUGGUUCUCACUCAUCUUUAUUGAAUUUUAUUGAUGCAGGUGGGCAGGGUGAGAGGCUGGAUUUGGGCAUCAUGGGGAACAGGAGGAGGCGUUUUAAGUCAUAUCUAUCAGAAAUCCCGUUCUUUCUGGGGGCACGUCUCCCUCCCAUACUCCUCUCCCAGCAAGGAUCAUUAACCCCCACAGGCUCAGCCUGUCCCCUAAUGUCUGUGCCCAUCCCAUGCGGGCCCCAUCUCUUCACUCUCCAGGAUCUCACCAGAUCUAGCCAUCCUUCUCUGCUCCUUCCCCUCUCCUGGAGCCAAGGUCAGGGGUUCGCAGACUGAUCCAAAGCCCAUUGAAGUCAGUGGGAAGACUCCCAUGGGCUUUAGUUCAGCUUAUUAAUUUCUCUGAGUCUCUGUUCUCAAAGUGUAAAAUGGGGCUAAUCAAAAUUCAGAUGAUGAGCUCUUUGGGGCAGGAACUGUCUCUCACUGUGUGUCUGUGCAGGGCCUGGCACAACUCAUUUAUUUAUCGAUUCAUUGAUGCCAAUGCCAGAAAGGACCACUGUGAUCAUCUAGUCUGACCUCCCGUGUAACACAGGCCAGAGAGCUUCUUCAAAAUAAUUCCUAGAGCAGAGCUUUUCGAAAAACAUACAAUCUUUAUAAAAACUAAUUUCCCCCUACUGUUACUCACACCUUCUUGUCAACUGUUUGAAAUAGGCCACUCUCACUACCACUACAAAAGUGAUUUUUCCUCUCUUGGUAUUCUACUGUUAAUUGAAUUGUCUCGUUAGCACUGACCCCUCCACUUUGUAAGGCAACUCCCAUCUUUUCAUGUACUGUAUAUUUAUACCUGCUACUGUAUUUUCCACUCCAUGUAUCUGAUGAAGUGGGUUUUAGCCCACGAAAGCUUAUGCCCAAAUAAAUUUGUUAGUCUCUAAGGUGCCACAAGGACUCCUCGUUGUUUAUGCUGAUACAGACUAACACGGCUACCACUCUGAAUCUUGAUUUAAAAAUUGCCAGUGAUGGAGAAUCCACUGCAACCCUUGGUAAAUUGUUCCAGUGGUUAAUUCCUCUCACUCUUCAAAAUUUAUGCCUUAUUUCCAGUCUGAAUUUGUCUAGCUUAAAAUUCCAGCCGUUGGAUCAUGUUAUACCUUUGUCUGCUAGACUGAAGAGCCCAUUAUCAAAUUUCUGUUUCCCAAGUAGGUUCUUAUGGCGUGUAAUCGUGCCUUCCCUUAACCUUCUCCUUGUUAAGCUAAAUAGCUUGAGCUCCUUGAAUUUGUCACUGUAAAGCAGAUUUUCUAAUCCUUUAAUCAUUCUUGUGGCUCUUCUCUGACUUCUUUCCAAUUUAUCCAUACCCUUCUUGAAUUGUGAGCACCAGAACUGGACACAGGAUUUCAGCAAUGAUCGCACCAGUGCCAAAUACAGAGGUAAAAUAACCUCUUUACUCCUCCUUGAGAUUCCCCUGUUCAUGCAUCCUAGGAUCGCAUUAGCCCUUUUGGUCACAACAUCACACUGGGAGCUCAUGGUCAGCUGAUUAUGCACAACAGCACCCAAAUCUUUUUCAGUCAUUGCUUCCUAGGAGAGAGUCCCCCAUCCAGUAAGUAUUUUGAGGUGGAGGCCAUCCAAACUAUACAGCCCCCCUUGCCCCACAGAAGAUGGGCAAAUGUUCUACAAAACCAAAGCCCUACAUCCUACACCACUUACCAAGCCAGGGGUUCACUUCCAGAAUCUUUUGUCUUCCUUUGUGCCAGGGACAGGAAGGAUCUCAGAGAAGAUCACUUAGGCCAGUGAUUUUCAACCUGUGGUCCGUGGACCCACUGGGGUUGGUAGACUAUGGCUAAGGAGUCUGUGAAAGGUGACUACGAAAAUAAAGUUUCAGAUCCCAGAAAAGGCAUUCCAUUUUUAUGAUCAAUCAAAAGUAUGUGAAUACUACAGGUUGAAACCGAGAAUUGUUGUCGUUACCGUAGAAGCACACAGUUUAGCCCCCUUUCUUGCGCUGUGUCAAAUGCUGUGCUGAGCACAUGCAACAUUUAUAGUUGAAUUCUGUUCAGUCAGCUUUCAGUCUAAGACUUCUGUGGAAGGGGUCCAUGGACCACAGGCUGAAUUUUGAAAGGGGCCCACAUAGCCAUUCGAAAUUUUUUAGGGGUCUGCAAAUGAAAAAAGGUUGAAAACCACUGACUUAGGCAUUCUCCUUCUUCAGCACAUUUCCCAGUCCUGUGGUGUCAUCUACAAUCUGCAAGAUAUCCCAUGAGAGAUCUGCAAAAUAUCCCACAGCACAGUGGGGACCCCAAGCUCGGUUGGGAGUCUAUGCAGUGCCUGGCACAAUGGGGCCGUAAUUUCAGUUAGGACCAGUUAGCUCUAUUGCAAUACACUCAGUAAUAAAUUUGGAGAUCUCUCCACUAGAAAUCAGACCAAGAUCUAUUCUGUCUUUUCUUAGCUUGCUUUGGUUCUGGUGGUUUCAUAUUUCCCAUGGAUGCCCCCUCCUCCUCAUAUAGUUAUGCAUCUAAUCCAUACAUCCAUCCAUUCCCACCUACCUAUCCAACCAAUUUAUAUUAGACCCAUCUCCAUACAUACUGUCUAAGACCCUCCUAACUGGUUAUGUGUAAUUUCUUGACACUCUCGUUGGUACAAGUUUGUGCAUUCUAAUUUUAGUCUCACCACUAACUUAAGAGGAAUCUUGUGUGUACAGAGCACAUCAGCAAGUUUUUUUGAUUUGUGCAUAACUUUUAUUCUGGAAAAUUCAAUAAACAAGAUGUCAAUUUAAA